CACUCAAUUUUUUAUUUUCUACUCGAAAUUCAUUAAAAUCGUCGCGUUUUCAGAUUUAAUAAGCAUAAUCAAUGUCCAAAUAUGAAUCCGAGUUCUCCUGUCAGGACAAAUUCUCGGUGUUCUAUGGCACCGUUGCAACACUUUUCUUCACAGCGAUGACUACGCUCACUUGCCCGUUUCAGCAAUUAUUCAUUUUUCUGGCCUUCUUCGAAUUUGCCGUUGUCGCCCUUUACGUCUGUAAAAGCAGAUUCUUGCAAGUUCUACACUUUCAAUAUCAGAGCGUUGCUUACUGUGUGCCCAUAUUCCUUUUUGUAACCUCAAUUUACUAUGAGUUCUAUCCAAAAGAGACGCAUGAAUUUUUAGAAUCGUUCAAUUUCAAAAUUGUCAAGGAUUUUAUCGAAGAAAUCCCAAUCUUCUUCCCAAGUGCACUGUGGUUUUUAUGGACGACACGAUUGUUUCACACGCAUACAGUUCUCGUUCGUCUGAACACGGAGUACCGAUUGGAUGACCCGAAAUCUCACGAUUUAGGACCUAUCAGACAGAGCUCUUUCCAUUCAUCUCUCAACAUCGCUGCAAUUACCUUCUUCUCAAUUUUAGCCUACAGUGGGAACGAAAGCAUUGAAAAUAUUUGUUUCUGGAUUGCCAUUUUCGAACUUAUCAUGACUGUAACCUACGUUUUCAACAAUUCUUGGAUUAUGAUGAUCCAUUUCGUGGGACAGGCCAUUGUUUUCUCCGUGAUCUUCUUUCUCCUCUGCUGUCUUUUGGCUUACGAGUAUUCACCAGUUGCGGCUCUGGAAUUCCUCGAUUCAUACGGACUCGUUCAAGUUAAAAGCUAUGUGGUUAGAAGUCCGUUUUUCGUAGCAUCAGCUCUCUCGGCAGUUUGGUUUUCCCGAAUGAUGGCCACUCACGUGUUUCUUGUGGAAGUGGCAACUGAUACCCGAAUUCAUCGUCACCAGAUGUCCAAUCACUUCAACAGAUUGAUUCAGAAUAUAUAGCUCGUUUUUACUAUUACAACUUCCCAUAACCCCGUAAUCCAAUUUCAUGCAUCUGAAAAUGUUCUAUAUCACAAUAUCCUCUGUAGUUUUUCGUUGUUGGUUUUAAAAACAAUUUUACAUUUUAA